AUGUCGUCUCCGCUGAAGCCUGGCAAGACUGCCCCACGUCUUGUGCAAGAUAUCCACGACUAUGACCCUGUCCAUCCUCCAGGCUCCGGCCGCAACCUGCUGUCGGAGGUCCCCCCGGUCUUCCCCGAUCACUAUAUUGGACCAUCAGAGUUCAUAUCGCCUUCAGCAUGCCGUCAUACUUAUGUGAUCAAGUCGAAACAGAGCUUCCUACCAAAACCAGAGCAGAGAAGCAGCUCAGGCAACCCCACCAAAGUAUCAGCGAUAUGCUCCAAGUGCCGAUACCAUCUACAGCUGGUCGUGACAUCGACACCUGGGAUCGGCAGCCAGAGUUUGCCGGGACACAUACACCAUCUGGUUUAUAAGUCAGGGAGGCAGAGAGGAGGUGCAUCGGCAGAAGAAAUCACACCCAAGGGCCAGGUGGCGGAGACAUUCCAUUAUGACUGCUCCUACCUCACUUGUCCAGCGGCAGUGUCCGUCAGAAUUGUCUCUCCUGUGCUCCAUCCAGAAUGGGUACAACUCUUGACAGAUCCUGAGUUGCUGCAGCAGCGAGCAGAUGAGGCGAUUCAAACACACCCCGAGCGCCUGGAAGGGAUAGCCCGGCCGCAGCCCAUCAAUGUCUUGGAAAACUUGCACGCAUAUAUCAGCAAUGCCUUUAAUCCCAGUCAACAGAAUAAAUCUAUAUCAGCGAUUAACAAGAGGUUCAUAACGUGCUUCGGUGUUGAAGGGAAGCCUUGCAAAGACCUGUUAGAAUUUUUGGGGUUCUCCGUCAAGAAUGAAGGUUUUUGGGAGCCCCCGCGCCCCAACGCCUGGGCGGAAAUCCCCUACCAGGAUCAACUCAAAAUCUUCCUCGAUGAUGUUCUACAUGAGCUUGCUGUACUCAUCGAGCAGCGGCCAGUGCUUGAGAAGAAAGGCCAUCAGGUGGAUUUCUCAAACAAGAUAGCAAGGGAUGACCUCUUGAAUGCUCUGGAAGCAUUAGACUACCAGAAGGCUCUCAAUGUCGACACAUUUGAAAUGCCCCCUGCUCCUUACUAUGAAGAUCUGGGCGUCGUGGAAGAUAUGUCUGCGCAAUUGAUUAUUGAGGCGUUCAAUCGCCAGGUCGCCGUAGACCCUGGUCGCAUGCCUACAUACCUGAAAUGCCUCAAGGCGAUAGGUAGCCUUAGAGGGGGCUACGAAGCUGACGCCAUUGAUCAAGCAGUUCAGGUGGCUUAUGCCGACGGCAAGUACACUGAUGACGACGUCAUCAAUGCUUACAAGUACUUCGGUUUAACACACGACGACCCGCGGCUUACUGAGGACAGCAUCAUUGGGACCUUCCAUGCUUACUUGAGCUCCACCACUCAGGAGACAGACUCACGCAGAGAACUGUGGAAGAUAGGCGACAGCAGGCGUAGUGAGCGCAUUAAGUCAGCGGCUGAAGAUAGAGUGGCAACUGUUGAGCAAGCCCAAGUUUACCUUGGCGUCAGCGAGGAAACAAGCGACGACUUUAUUAUGGCCAUGUAUACAGCUAAGGUCAAUGACACUCCAUCGAGCAGGGAUCUCGCGCGCCGCGCCGUUGAAUUCAUUGCGGAGGCGCGGAAAUCGGAUGCUCUUCGACACUUCGUCAGGACUGGCGAGAUGACGGCCGGUGAGAUGGAUAUCGGGGAUGCCUACCGGCUUCUUCAAAUCCCCGAUCGUACGGUUGAUGAAGCAGCAAUCAUGGCAGCUUAUACGAUUUGCGUCGACGAAGCUCCGGGACAGGCUGAAACGUACAACCAAGCCUUGCGUAUAAUUGCUAAAGACAAGAAUAGCACUCUGCUAAGCAGUAUGGUCUCUGGUGAUGAUACAAAGCCGGACCGUAAUAUGUCGGAUUGGCCUGUUGGAUUGCAGAACAUUGGCAACACAUGCUAUCUCAAUAGUCUACUACAAUUCUAUUUCUCUGUGCGCCCGUACAGGGAGAUGGUCUUGGAUUUUGAGAGCUUCAAGAUGGAGUUGACUGAUGAGAGCCUGAGCAAGAAACAGGUGGGAUCUCGCAAGGUUUCCAAGAAGGAGGUGGAACGUUCACAAAGGUUUCUCAGAGAAUUACGGACGCUCUUUUCCGACAUGAUUACUUCCCCAUCCUCUCAUGUCACGCCGGGCCGGGAGUUGGCGCGGUUGACAUUGAUCAGUCCUUCCAACGAAGCAGCGAUACUUAGCGAUGUCGAUAGCGAGGCCACACUUGUCUCUGAUGGUGUCAAGAAUGACAUCAAAGCUCCCCCGGUUGACGAUAAAGAGAACGAGCCACCGGCUGAUCUGGACCUGAAUGACGUGCAGAAUGAGCCAAGUUCUGAUUCCGCUGACAUAGGGUCCCCCGGCGAUACAACACCCAUAGACAAUGUCGAACCUUCCAAUCGACCACCGCCAGUGCCUCCGCGGCCCACCCCGCAAGUUGACCCCCAGAAGCAGCUUAUAGAAGAGGUAGAGAUCGGAGCGCAGCAGGAUGUGACGGAAGUCAUCAACAACGUGCUUUUCCAAAGCCAAUGUGCGAUUCGGCCCAUUGCUCAUUCUCCGGAGGGUGAGCAAAUUGAUCAAGUGAAAGAUCUUUUUUACGGCCGAACCCGAUCUUAUAUUGCCUCAGAAAAAGGCGUCCGGUCGAAAGAAGAGUGGUGGUGUGACAUCAAAAUCGAUGUUGCAACUGGCCCGCGCGACAUUUAUGCAGCCAUUGACGGUGCCUUUGACGUACAGAAGGUGAAUGUGGAGAACUCGGUGGCUGAGCAGUAUGGUGCUAUCAGCAAGCUCCCGCCAGUGCUUCAGAUCCAGGUUCAGCGUGUCCAGUUUGACCCCACGACGAAGCGCUCUUUUAAAUCCACUCACCAUCUUGGAUUGAAGGAGACGAUUUAUCUCGACCGAUACAUGGACUCGCAACAACCCCAGUUCCUGGACCGGCGACAGCAGUGCUGGCAAUGGAAAAAUUCGCUCAGAGAGCUCGAGGUGCGCCGCGCGGAGUUACUGCGCCAAGUGGAUUCCGACGGCAUGGAUACGGCGGGAUUACUCAACAGCGCUAAGGAAGUACUCGAAGAUUUGGCAGCUAUGAGAGAAGAGCCCGAUUAUGCAGAGGACGCGAUUGACUUUGACACGCAAAUAAUCACCGAGGUUGAUCAGCUUUCUCAAAUCGCAAAGGCUGACUUGAACUAUGUCGAAAACCAAAUCCAGGAGACCCAGGACAAGAUCUCCGCUCAGUUCGCCGACUACAAGUACCUCGCCUAUCGCCUGUAUGCCGUGUUCGUCCACCACGGGUCCGUUUCCUUCGGCCAUUACUACAUUUACAUCUUCGACUUCGAACGGAACGUCUGGAGAAAAUACAAUGACAACUAUGUCACCGAAGUAAACAACCUGGACGAGAUCUUCAAGGACGAGGGACAGCCCAACCCGCCCACGCCAUACUUCCUGGUAUACGUCAACGACGCGAUGAAGGAUCGGCUCGCCAACCCGGUCUGCAGGGAAAUCUUGGAAGCUUCCACGGCGAAUACCAAUGAAGAUAUGGACAUGAAUCCACCAGCGUACGACGAGAUCUGGACGGACCAGAGCGGAUCAGGUACGGUAGUCGAUCACCCCAUGACGGAGGCUAAAGACGAUGCCAAUGCGGGACACGGCAAGACUGCUUGGGGUUGGCCACCGAAGACAAGCACUGACUUAGAUCAUGUGAGGUGGUAG